AUGGAGGCUAUCGUGGACUCUAUUCCCGAGCAGUUAUUCCUCGAUCUACGAGUCUCUGCGGUCCGCAACAGAACCGCGCGUAUCAACUUGGUGGAACCAUGGGCUUCCGAGUAUUGCACUGCUGUCUUAGAGAAACGAUAUGGUGAUGCGAUAUUUGCUCGAUACAAUUUAGCUGGACAGGCAGUGAAUGGUGUCUAUACCGAAUGGAACAUUACUGUCUACGAUAUGAUCAUGUCGGAUGCCCAGGAGUACGCACAAGACCAUCCGGAGCUUUACGCCGAUGCCUUACAGCUUUACAACAACACAAAUUCGACCGAUACACGACGCGAUAUUAUUAAAGGACUCGAAAGAAUUACGUUUGAUUAA